AAGAUGGCGGCGUGUGGACGUGUACGGAGGAUGUUCCGCUUGUCGGCGGUGCUGCAGCUGCUGCUGCUCACAGCGGCCCGGGCCGAGAGACUUCAGGGCCAGGGCGGCCACAGCCAGGGCCAGGGCCCUGCGGCCAACUUUGUGUCCUUCGUGGCACAGGCUGGAGGCGGCUUGCCGGCGGGUCAGCAACUACCCCCACUGCCUCAGUCACCUCAGCUACAGCAGCCGCAGCAGCCGCCUCAGCCGCCGCAGCCGCCGUUCCCGGCGGGUGGGCCUUCGGCCCGGCGGGGCGGAGCGGGGCCCGGCGGGGCUGGUGGGGGUUGGAAGCUGGCGGAGGAAGAGUCCUGCAGGGAGGACGUGACCCGUGUGUGCCCCAAGCACACCUGGAGCAACAACCUGGCAGUGCUCGAGUGUCUGCAGGACGUAAGGGAGCCUGAAAAUGAAAUUUCAUCAGACUGCAAUCAUUUGUUAUGGAAUUAUAAGCUGAACCUAACUACAGAUCCCAAAUUUGAAUCUGUGGCCAGAGAAGUUUGUAAAUCUACCAUAUCGGAAAUUAAAGAAUGUGCUGAUGAACCAGUUGGAAAAGGUUACUUGGUUUCCUGCUUGGUGGAUCACAGAGGCAACAUCACCGAGUAUCAGUGUCACCAAUACAUUACCAAGAUGACAGCUAUCAUUUUUAGUGAUUACCGUCUAAUCUGUGGCUUCAUGGAUGACUGCAAAAAUGACAUCAACAUUCUGAAAUGUGGCAGCAUUCGGCUUGGAGAAAAGGAUGCACAUUCACAAGGUGAGGUGGUAUCAUGCUUGGAGAAAGGCCUGGUGAAGGAAGCAGAAGAAAGAGACCCCAAGAUUCAAGUCUCUGAACUCUGCAAGAAAGCCAUACUCCGUGUGGCCGAGCUGUCUUCAGACGAUUUUCAUUUAGACCGGCAUUUAUAUUUUGCCUGCCGAGAUGAUCGGGAACGUUUUUGUGAAAAUACACAAGCUGGUGAAGGCAGAGUAUAUAAGUGCCUCUUUAACCACAAAUUUGAAGAAUCCAUGAGUGAAAAAUGUCGAGAAGCACUAACUACUCGCCAAAAGCUGAUUGCCCAGGAUUAUAAAGUCAGUUAUUCAUUGGCCAAAUCCUGUAAGAGUGACUUGAAGAAAUACCGUUGUAAUGUGGAAAACCUUCCUCGGUCCCGGGAAGCCAGACUGUCCUACCUCCUAAUGUGUCUGGAGUCAGCUGUACACAGAGGGCGACAAGUGAGCAGUGAGUGCCAGGGGGAGAUGUUAGAUUACCGACGCAUGUUGAUGGAAGACUUUUCUCUGAGCCCUGAGAUCAUCUUGAGCUGUCGAGGGGAAAUUGAACACCACUGUUCCGGACUGCAUCGAAAAGGACGCACCCUACACUGUUUGAUGAAAGUAGUUCGGGGUGAGAAGGGAGACCUUGGAAUGAACUGCCAGCAGGCGCUUCAAACACUGAUUCAGGAGACUGACCCUGGUGCAGAUUAUCGCAUUGAUAGAGCUUUGAAUGAAGCAUGUGAAUCUGUAAUACAGACAGCCUGCAAACACAUAAGAUCUGGAGAUCCAAUGAUCCUCUCAUGCCUGAUGGAACAUUUAUACACAGAGAAAAUGGUGGAAGAUUGUGAACACCGUCUAUUAGAGCUGCAAUAUUUUAUCUCUCGAGAUUGGAAGCUGGAUCCUGUCUUAUACCGUAAGUGCCAGGGAGAUGCAUCUCGUCUUUGCCACACCCAUGGUUGGAAUGAGACCAAUGAACUUAUGAUGACUCCUGGAGCUGUGUUCUCCUGCUUGUAUAGACACGCAUACCGCACUGAAGAACAGGGAAGGAGGCUCUCGCGGGAGUGCCGGGCUGAAGUCCAGAGGAUCCUGCACCAACGGGCCAUGGAUGUGAAGCUGGACCCUGCCCUCCAGGAUAAGUGCCUGAUUGACCUGGGGAAGUGGUGUAGUGAGAAAACAGAGACUGGACAGGAGCUUGAGUGCCUCCAGGAUCAUCUCGAUGACCUGGCUGUGGAGUGCAGAGAUGUAGUCGGCAACCUCACAGAGUUGGAGUCAGAGGAUAUUCAAAUAGAAGCCUUGCUGAUGAGAGCCUGUGAGCCCAUAAUUCAGAAUUUCUGCCAUGAUGUGGCAGAUAACCAGAUAGACUCUGGAGACCUGAUGGAAUGUCUGAUACAAAACAAGCACCAGAAGGAUAUGAACGAGAAGUGUGCCAUUGGAGUUACCCACUUCCAGCUGGUUCAGAUGAAGGAUUUUCGGUUUUCUUACAAGUUUAAAAUGGCUUGCAAGGAGGAUGUGUUGAAACUUUGUCCCAACAUUAAAAAGAAGGUGGACGUGGUGAUCUGCCUGAGCACCACUGUGCGCAAUGACACCCUACAGGAAGCCAAGGAGCACAGGGUGUCCCUGAAGUGCCGCAAGCAGCUCCGCGUGGAAGAGCUGGAGAUGACAGAAGACAUUCGUCUGGAACCAGAUCUGUAUGAAGCCUGCAAGAGUGACAUUAAGAACUACUGUUCCACUGUGCAGUAUGGCAACGCCCAGAUUAUUGAAUGUCUGAAAGAAAACAAGAAGCAGCUAAGUACCCGUUGCCACCAGAAAGUAUUUAAGCUGCAAGAGACAGAGAUGAUGGACCCGGAAUUAGACUAUACACUCAUGAGAGUCUGCAAGCAAAUGAUAAAGAGAUUCUGUCCCGAAGCAGACUCUAAAACUAUGUUGCAGUGCUUGAAGCAAAAUAAGAACAGUGAGCUGAUGGAUCCCAAGUGCAAACAGAUGAUUACCAAGCGCCAGAUCACCCAGAACACAGAUUACCGCUUAAACCCUGUACUAAGGAAAGCCUGUAAAGCUGACAUUCCUAAAUUCUGUCAUGGAAUCCUGACUAAGGCCAAGGAUGAUUCCGAGCUAGAAGGUCAAGUCAUCUCUUGCCUCAAGUUGAGAUAUGCCGACCAGCGCCUGUCUUCAGACUGUGAAGACCAGAUCCGGAUUAUCAUCCAGGAGUCUGCUUUAGAUUACCGCCUAGACCCUCAGCUCCAGCUUCACUGCUCAGAGGAGAUCUCCAGUCUUUGUGCUGAAGAGGCUGCAGCCCAAGAGCAGACAGGCCAAGUCGAAGAAUGCCUCAAAGUUAAUCUGCUCAAAAUCAAAACCGAAAUGUGUAAAAAGGAGGUGCUAAACAUGCUGAAGGAAAGCAAAGCAGACAUCUUCGUGGACCCAGUUCUUCAUACAGCUUGUGCCCUGGACAUCAAACACCACUGUGCAGCCAUCACCCCCGGCCGAGGGCGUCAAAUGUCCUGCCUCAUGGAGGCCCUGGAGGACAAGCGGGUGAGGUUGCAACCUGAGUGCAAAAAACGCCUCAACGACCGGAUUGAAAUGUGGAGUUAUGCGGCAAAGGUGGCCCCAGCAGAUGGCUUCUCUGAUCUUGCCAUGCAAGUGAUGACAUCUCCAUCAAAGAACUACAUUCUCUCUGUGAUCAGUGGAAGCAUCUGCAUAUUGUUCCUGAUCGGCCUGAUGUGCGGACGUAUCACCAAGCGAGUGACACGGGAACUCAAGGACAGGUAGAGCCACCUUGACCACCAAAGGACCUACCUGUCCAGUGUCGUUUGUACAGCCCUCCUGUAUAGAGUACCUAUUCACCUCACUCUUCUAAGAGGUGACAACACCACCCAUGUUAGAACAGCAGCAGGUAUCCACUACAUUGUCCCAACUCAGACGUCACCCAUGUCCAUGAUGUCCUCCUUGUUCUCAGCCAUUUGUGCAUCAGCAGCUGGCCACUUUGGUUAUUGCCUUUGCUGGCAAACUUUGGUUUACCUGCCUGUAGACAAGUCUCUCUCAUACCAACGGAACUACCAGUACUUCCAGAACCAACUCACCUGACCUGCAACUCAAAUGAUUUAAAAAAAAAA